UGUAACCGAUAAAGCGUCAAAUGUCCUACGGGAAAUUCUGAACCAGGAAAGUUUGGUUCGCUUUUCUAUGGUACAAAAAAUACAAAAUUUGGUAAUGGAUGCCAUAGAUAAUAAAAACAGUAGGGAAGUUAUAAAGACGAAGCUUACUGAGGUGUCAAAGGAUUUACAUGAUUUGGAGUCUAAAAGCCAAAUAAUAGUGGAGGAAAAUGUCAAACUUAAAGGGGAAUUAAUGGCGAUGUACGGGUUCAUAAAUGAUAAUAAAAAUAUGACAUUCGAGAAAAUAAAUAUCUUGAAUGAAUCUCAAAUUUUUUCCAUUGAAAGCAACAUCCAAAAAAUGAAAGAACUUGAAGAUAAUGUAAGAAAUAAAAGUUUGGCCCUCAAAAACAAUGACCGCGCAAUAACUACAGAAAUUGAGGUUCUCAAAGAUGAAAUGAACGCGACAUUACAAGGCAGUGUAGACAUUGCUCGAAGGGUGGAAAAGACAGAGGACAUGUUAAAACGUAUUUUGGUUUCUUUCAAUAUAUCAUCGAACAAUGUUCGAGUGGAUGUGAAUCAUUCAAAAUGGAUAUUGUCAAAAGUGCUUUCAAAGAAUUGCUUGGACAUUUUACGGAAAUACCCGACUUUAUUAGGAAGAGAUGGAUUAUACACGGUAUUCAUUGCCUCUGAAGAAAAGCUUGUUUACUGUGACAUGAGUACUGAUGGCGGAGGUUGGACGGCAAUACAAAGAAGACUGGACGAGACUACAGACUUUUAUCGGACGUGGGUAGAAUAUAAACAAGGAUUUGGUGAUCCCUCUAAAAACUAUUGGAUUGGAAAUGACGCUGUAUUUGAGUUGACAAAGAACAAGGACCAAGAACUCCGUGUUUGGCUUCAAAGUUUUGAUGGCGAUGAAGCAUACUCUCAGUACCACACAUUUUAUGUCGGGGACGAGGACAGUAAAUACAGACUCACCGUGACGGGGUAUUCAGGAACAGCAGGUGACAGUGUGGCUUGGCACAGUGGUAUGAAAUUUACCACUAAAGAUCAAGACAACGACAACAAGAUCAGUGGUAACUGUGCUGUAGAUUACCACGGAGGCUGGUGGUACAACAACUGUCUCAACUCUAACCUUAAUGGAGAGUACGCCCAAUCUAAUGUGACUGGCAGUAAAUACCCGAUAUGGUAUCACUGGAAAAAGAGAAGCGAAGCGCUGAAAAAGACUAUGAUGAUGAUAAGACACAAAAACUAGAGUAAAUGUACAAUCUCCCCUCAGUUUUUAUAAUGAUUUUAUAAUACAAACAGUAUAAACAAUGUGUUACCAUUUACGUAUUUAAUUAUAUUAUAAUUAUUCUUUAUUUUGAAAUGGGCAGUUACAUUCUGCUCCUUCUAACAGAAAAUUUGCAAAAUUAUCAUGUAGUCUUAAUGUAAACAAUUGUCAAUUAAUGUUGCCAGUUUCUUAAAGAAAAUAUUAAUAGAUAACACAAACCAUAUAUGAUUCAAGUAUGUAGAAUAUACCCCGAUACAUAAAUGCAUAUAUUAAAAGGUAAUGGAAAUUCUGCAGUAUCGCUACGCAUUUCGACGAAUGAUUCAAUGUUAAUUUACAACAUGUAUAGGAUACAUGUAUGUAAAACGUGUCCAAUUUGACAUUCAUCAUUUAGUCAUCAAUUUCAUCAGUGUUAUAAAGCAUGUGGACAGACUAAGUUAUAUAGUCUUAAUAAAAGUUAUAUUUAUUGAGUCACAUGAUAACGCGGAGCCAAUUUGGCAUCUCAAACUUAAACUGGAUGUAUGCGGGGUCUGUUGUGUUUACCCGGAUUUUUAUUACGAAUCAUUAAAGGGAUAUAUGGUUAGAAACAAACCUAAAAUUAAAGUAUCAUGUUCUGUUUUCAUAUGUCGCAUAAAAAAAUUCUGUGUCUGUGUCUAAGUGAAUUAUAAUUUAUUUCUAACCAAUGUUUCAGCUGUAAAGAGAAUGAAAAUAUGGGGCUAAUUCCGAUCGAAAGUUGCCGUAUCUUUAAUGGUUUGAUAUCAUUUAGAUAAAUAGUUAAUAAAUUGUCCGUUAUAUUCAUAUUAAAUUAUCUGCAUCAUUAAUUCAUAUAAAGGAAUUCAUCAAUCAACAAUUUUCUGAAUUUGACUUCCUUAUACUGAUGUUGACCCCCCCCCCUCUCUCUCUCUUAUUCUGCAUCUUCAAACGAAAUGUUAAAAGAAAUCAAAAAUCAAAUAUUUGUCUUCUUUUUGUCAGAAUGUAAUGAAUGUAUGAUGUUGUUUCAUAUCCCAGGUACACAGGAUAUGCUUUUGUUAUCUUGUAUGAUGUAGAUUCCUUUUGUUGUACAUACCUUGGUAGUUUUCUGCAUGUAAUAGGGUCUAUGUUCCCAUUACUGAACAAAGGACCCGGUAUGUAUUCUCAACAUGUACAGUGCAUGUUCCUAUCUUUGGACAUAUACUUAUAUAAUCCUUUAUAUGUAUGUGAAGGCUCAUGUUGCAGAAACAUCUUUUUAAAUAAGAAAAUAGGACCUCAGGAUUCUGCUAGUUUCGUAGAAUGCUACAUAUAGCUAAUCCCGAGUUUUAAAGACUACCUUAUGUUCUGAUUGGGUUAUUUGUUUAGACAUCUUUUGAAGGGCGCUAAAAACGGUUUACAUCCAAUGUGUCCUUUAAUUGAGGUGGAAGAGGAUAGUUUUCAAAAGUACCAGUCAAAUGUAUUAAAAGCUAAGGAAAAGUAAGGUUUUAAUGCGUAUUCCAGGUGUUUAAAUUAAAUGCGAACUUAGAGGGUAGUGGUGCUCUUGUACAUUUUGUGUAUGUAUGAAUUACUUGUACAAUUUGAAGUAUAUGAAUAAAAAUGUGAAAUUAAAACCAAAAAUAACAUUUCUAGGAUCAUUUUCUACUUAAUCGAAGAGAAAGUUGGAAUGAUAUAACAGAAUUUAUUCUAUUAUUUAUUUGCAACAGCUUGUAAAUAG